AUGGCUGCAAUUAUACGGAAGGUGUACGACUGGUGGCUGCGGACAUUCUGGGCUACGGAGAUGGAUGUCACCAUGUUAGGCCUCCAAAAUGCUGGCAAAACCUGUCUGCUCAAUGUCUUAUCUGGUGGUGAAUUUACCUACGACCCCCUCCUACCCAAGAUAGAAGACAGGCGCAGGUCUCAGCCGCUCUCUUUCCGCCUCGCCGCCUCCGAACUCUUGCUAAUAUGGGUCGUCCGUAGCACGAUCCCAACGAUUGGCUUCAACAUGAAGCGAGUGCAAAGAAAUAACGUGACAAUGAAAUGCUGGGAUAUCGGCGGCCAGCCCCGGUUUCGGACGAUGUGGGAACGAUAUUGUCGCGGUGUAAACGCCAUUAUCUUUGUGGUGGACAUUGCCGACAUGGGGAAGCUGGAGGCAGCUCGGCAGGAGCUUCAUGCGAUAAUGGAGCAGCCGACACUGGACGGAAUCCCUCUGCUCGUGCUGGGAAACAAGUCCGACCUGCCUGUGAAGCUGACGGUUGACGAGCUGAUUGAUGCGCUGGACCUGAAAGGUAUUGAGCACCGUGAGGUCUCAUGCUAUGGCAUCAGCGCCAAAGAGGAGACCAACCUUGAGGCAGUCCUGUCAUGGCUGGUCAAGCGCGCCUACCGAAGAUAA